UUCUGGCACAAAGCAUGUUUCCACUGCGAGACCUGCAAGAUGACCCUCAACAUGAAGAACUACAAGGGCUACGAGAAGAAGCCCUACUGCAACGCACACUACCCGAAGCAAUCCUUCACCAUGGUGGCAGACACUCCCGAGAACCUGCGCCUAAAGCAGCAGAGCGAGCUGCAGAGCCAGAUUCGCUACAAGGAGGAGUUUGAGAAGAACAAGGGGAAAGGCUUCAGCGUGGUGGCCGACACCCCGGAGCUGCAGCGAAUCAAAAAGACUCAGGAUCAGAUCAGCAACAUCAAAUACCACGAAGAGUUUGAGAGGAGCAGGAUGGGCCCCAGCCCCAGCGAGGGCGCAGAGAUGGAGCGCAGGAACUCCCAGGAAAGCGCCAAUUACCGACGGCCGGAGCAGCACCAACCACAGCACCACGUCCAGCCCAGCAACCCAGUGUACCAGCAGCAGCCGGCCUCGCAGUCCUACGGCUACAAGGAGCCCGCGGCGCCCGCCUCCACGCAGCGCAGCGCACCAUCCGCGGCGGGGAAGCGUUUCCGCGCCGUCUACGAUUACAACGCGGCCGAUGAAGACGAGGUCUCCUUCCAGGACGGUGACACCAUCAUCAACGUGCAGCAGAUCGACGACGGCUGGAUGUACGGCACGGUGGAGCGCACGGGCGACACGGGCAUGCUGCCCGCCAACUACGUGGAGGCCAUCUGA